GAAUGCGGGGGAGGGCUCUGGGUUCUGGAGAGAGGCGGAUUCGGAGAAAGGUUGAGUGAAGAGUGAGUGACAAAGCUACGGAUAACUUAGGUCUCAGCUGGUAAGAUAAAAUGAGAGAGGUGUCGGAUGAAAGGGCUCCCUUCCCUGGCGUCUCUAGCCGAUUCCCGCCACGCUGGGUGGAGAAGAAAGGGAAGAAGGUGUCUCGGAGAGAUGGACUACUGCGGUCCCGUGGGUGGUGGCGUGGGCACUUAGCUACAGUCCUUCCCCUGCUCCGCCGUCAGGAGGCGCUCUUGCGCGGCCUCCAGACCCACGGCCGCAGCUCCGCACGGCGACGCUCUAGUCACUGUUUCUCUAAGGCAGGAGGGGCGGUUUGCAGCCGCAAGGGCUCGCCUCGCAUCGCGCAGCCUGCCAGCGCCGGUCAUGACGCGGCUCCCAAAGCUGGUGGUUUUCGAUCUGGAUUACACGCUCUGGCCGUUCUGGGUGGAUACGCACGUAGACCCCCCGUUCCACAAGGGCAGGUGAGGCGGCGCCGGGGAGGCCGGGUCCGGGCGGGCCGGCCUCCGCUGAGCGCGCUCUCGCCCUCCAGCGACGGGGCCGUCCGGGAUAGGCGGGGCCAGACAGUCCGACUGUAUCCAGAGGUGCGUGACGUCCUGGAAAGGUUGCAGGGCCUUGAGGUACCCGUCGCGGCCGCUUCACGAACAGGGGAGAUUGAAGGGGCCAACCAGCUACUGGAGCUCUUUGACCUUGACAGAUACUUUGUUCAUCGGGAAAUCUACCCAGGCAGCAAGGUCACCCACUUUGAGAGGUUGCAGCAGAAGACAGGAGUUGUCUUCUCCCAGAUGAUCUUCUUUGAUGACGAGAAGCGGAAUAUCCUAGACGUCAGCAAACUGGGAGUUACCUGCAUUCAUGUCCAGAAUGGAAUGAAUCUUCAAACCCUAAGUCAGGGACUGGAGACAUUUGCAAAGGCCCAAGCUGGGCCCUGAGGCCCAGUCCUGUGGAUGAGCCUCAUUUGAAACAUAAAACUGAAAGGAAAUCAUGAAGGCAUUUUCAGGUGUAUUUGUAAAUUAUUAAAGUAUGUUUGUGUGUGACAGAAA